AUGCAGUUCUUGGCUUUCGCCGGCCUUCUGGCCUCAUCUCUUCUUGCUCCCAUCAGUGCAGCUCCUCUAGAGGCACAAGUCGAGACGAGAGACUUUGGCGGCACUCAUUGGGUUGACACAUGGACAUCCAUGCCUCAGCUUACUGAGCCAGCCAACCUACCGAAUCCACCAUUCAACCAGACAGGCUCCGUGUUUGUCAACAGCACAAUUCGACAGACCCUGCAUAUGUCUAUUGGCGGCCCACAGAUCAGAAUCCGCCUAUCCAACGUUUUCGGAGCUACCCAACUCAACAUCACUGCGGUGACAGUCGCCUUACCCUUCAACAAUUCAGCCGGUCAAAGCAUCAUCGAGACCAAUACUCUCCAAACCGUCACAUUCUCAGGCAACAACUCAAUCAUCAUUCCCGAUGGCUCUCUUGCCGUCUCGGACCCCAUCCACUUCCCCAUCAAAGCCCAGUCUGAGCUCGCUGUUUCAAUCUACCUUGCUGGUGGUCAACUUGGAAACAGCAUUACUUCACACCCCGGUUCACGAACAAACUCCUUUUACCAGUUUGGCAAUGCCGUCAAUGCUGCCAAUCUCACCGAUCCUUCCGUGCAAGCUGUGGCUCACUGGUACUUCCUUUCUGCGGUCGAAGUCUGGUCGCCUCCUCAAGCGAGAGGCUUUGCCAUUGUUGGUGACUCGAUCACUGAUGGUCGUGGCUCGACAACUAACGCCAACAACCGCUGGCCUGAUCUCGUUCUGGCACGUAUGCAGAAGAAUCCUUCUACCAAGGAUAUUGGUGUUUUGAACCAAGCUGCUGGUGGAAAUCGCAUUCUCGCGGAUGGCCUUGGUCCCAAUGCUAUUGGUCGCAUUGAUCGCGACGUGCUAGCUCAGUCUGGUAUAAAGUACUCCAUGAUCUUCGAGGGUGUUAACGAUAUCGGAACUGCUCCAUCAGAUGCAGCGUCUCAAGAUUUCGUGUACAACCAAUUGAUCCAGGCUUUUGAGCAAAUCAUCACUCGCGUCCACACAUUCGGUAUCCCCAUUUUUGGAGCCACCAUCACCCCAUUCUCGGGCAAUGUCACUAUUCAGGCAUACAGCACUCCGGAGCGUGAGGUGACCAGACAACGUGUCAACCAGUGGAUUCGGACUAGCGGCAAAUUCGACGCUGUUCUGGACUUUGACAAGGUUCUGAGAAGCCCAACGAACCAGAGCAUGCUAGCUACCCAGUUUGAUUCGGGUGACUUCCUGCACCCGAAUCCUGCUGGAUACCAAGCCAUUGCAGACAGCUUCGACUUAAAUCUGUUCAACCGAUUCGCUGGGGGUGUUAGUAGUUACAUGUGA